AUGGAUAACAAAGAAACAAUAGCAAGGAACGAUGUUUCCGAUGAAGAAAUCGUUAUUUCUGGUAUUGCUGGCAGAUUUCCUAAUUCGGAUAAUAUGAAUCAAUUGCGAGAAAAUUUAUUCAAUAAAAUUGAUCUCGUUAGAGCAGAUCAUGACCGAUGGGGAAAAGCUUUAGAGCAUCCGGAAUUCUCACGCCGUAUGGGUACUGUCAAUAAAGCAGAAAAAUUUGAUGCGGAUUUUUUCGGAUUAACUUUUGAGCAAGCACACACACUCUCAGGUGAAGCAAGAUUGUUAUUGGAACAUUCUUACGAAGCAAUUAUCGAUGCGGGGAUUAAUCCAAAGCAAUUACAAGGAAAAAAUACUGCCUUAAUUAUAGGGACAUCCCUUAUUGAAUCACAAGAAAGGUUAAUGUAUAAAGACAUUCAGGUAAAAAAAGAU